AAAAUCACACAUAAAUAUAGAGAAAAAAACAAUGAAAGACAAUCCUUCCUCAAAUGUCUUAUUACGAGUGAGAUGUAUUUUGUUUUCUUCUCUACACUACUGACUCAAUAGAAUAUACAACCUUUGUUUUAUGUUAUUUUUGUUUCAAAUCUAUACAUUUGUUUCGAGAUCUAUCAUGUUAUUUUUGUCUUUAUACCCUUUGUUUUUAUCUAUCUAAAAUAGAAUGUACAAGAACAUACACAUGUAACCUCUUCAUCAAUUCACAAUCCGCAAUUAUUGCAUUCCAAUUUGAGUUGGCAAUAUCUCGUGUUCUUCGCUCACCGUCUUCCUUAUUCUUCCAUCGAUCAAUCUUAUGAAUCAUUCAAUAUAAAUCUAACAUUAAACUAAUCAAAAUUCUUUUUUUCCUCUGUUUCUUAAAUCCAUCGUUUUCAUUAUUAUCAUAUAAAAAUAACACACCCUUUUGAAUUUCUUCACAGCCUAUUUCAAAUUCUUCAAAAACAAUCACAAAAAUCAAACAAAGAUUCAUUUUUUUUUUUAUCUUUCUUCCAUGUUGUCAAAAUUUUCAAAAUGUUUCAGUUUUGCCGCUUCAAGAGACUGGUUAUACCGCCACUCAUUCAUGGUCGCCGGUCUCCGGUCGGUGGUGACGGAUCUCGGCGAUGGAACCACCAUGCAUUGUUGGAUACCAAAAUUACAUAACCCAUGUAAACCAUCACUUGUUCUUGUUCAUGGUUUUGGCGCCAAUGCAAUGUGGCAAUAUGGUGAAUAUCUUCGUCAUUUCAUUACACACUUCAAUUUGUAUGUUCCUGAUCUUCUUUUCUUUGGUGGAUCUUUUACUUCAAGGCCAGAGAGGACUGAAUCUUUUCAAGCUUUGUGUUUGAUGAAGCUUAUGGAAGCUCAUGGUGUUAAUAGAUUGAGCUUGGUUGGGAUAAGCUAUGGUGGAUUUGUGGGGUAUAGUUUGGCUGCUCAGUUUCCUGAGGUGAUUGAGAAGUUGGUUUUGUGUUGUGCUGGUGUUUGUUUGGAGGAAAUUGAUAUGAAAAAUGGGUUGUUUAAGGUUUCUAGUUUGGAGGAAGCUUCUAGUAUUUUGUUACCUCAAACUCCUGAUAAGCUUAGGGAAUUGAUGAGGUUGUCUUUUGUUAGGCCUGCUAGGGUUGUUCCUUCUUGGUUCCUUGAAGAUUUCAUUCAUGUAAUGUGCACAGAUCACAUUGAGCAGAAGAGAGAGUUGCUUGAGGCAAUACUUAAAGAUAGACAACUUUCCAGCCUUCCAAAAAUCAAUAAGCCUACUCUAAUCAUGUGGGGAGAGCAAGAUCAGGUAUUCCCUAUGGAAUUAGGCUACAGAUUAAAAAGGCAUAUAGGUGAAAAUACUCAAAUGGUGAUUAUCAAGAAUGCAGGACAUGCAUUGAACAUUGAAAAGCCUAAAGAGUUUGCUAGGCACUUGAAAUCAUUCCUCAUCAAUGGAGAUUCGCGCCCUUCCUCGCCACCUUCUUUGAAAGAGCAAAUCCAGAAGACAUUUUCGUUUGAUUUCAUUAGGUAUUGGUCAGGCUGGGGUGCUUUGGCAUGGGGUGUUGCUCUAUUAUUAUUGGAGCGAAUAUUCGAAACCAAAUUGUUUGUAAUGCUUCUUAUCAUCUUUCUUCUAAAUUUCUCUCUAUGUUUCCUCUUUCUAAAUAGUACUUAGAAUGAGCCAGAUAAUAGUAUCUAUAAUUCGAUGGAAUGGUGAAGUUCUUUCAAUUUUCAAUCCUCGGUUAGGAGUUAAAGAUCAUCUCCAUUUUUAUAAAUAUGUUUGUUACUAUAGUUUUGAGGUAUAUAAAGGAUAUAAAUAAAGAGACUUUUAAAAUUGGAGACAUCAAUAGAAGACAAAACACUACUCUUUAAAAGGUUUAACGUUGAUGUAUUUUCAAGGUUCGAAUUUUAGACCACUAAUUAAGUUGGAGUAGAUGUGCCGAAUCUCUGAAUGAUUUUGGGGUUCUAUUUUUAUGUAAGUAGUUAAUUGGUGGCUCAACUGAAUUAAAAUGAAGAUUCGCCACCUUGUGUUGGUUA